GACAUGUAUUUCACAUUGCGCGGUGCUCAGAUUGGAUGACGGACAUCAAGCGCGCGCGGGCAGAGGCGGCGCCAUGGCUUCCACCGAUCGUGCUGCGGGUAGCCCACUACGUCAACGCGCAAGAAGACGUACUGGCCUUUCUUCAUGCUAUGCCCGCGCACGCACGCGGUGUGGCCCUCGACGCGCUCGUGACGCUCUUGGAAGUAAGCACGAAUCUCUGGCCGGUCGCGUAUGGGUUUGUCUUGGCGAAAAUGGACGUCGCGACAGUGGCAAAGGCGCUUCCUGCGCUACGCAAAAUCUCGAUCUGCGAGGGCACCGAAUCGACCGCCAUCUGCGAGCGCACGCCACUGCCGCCGACAAUCGACGUCGACGCUCAUGUGCACGCCCCGCACCAGCUCUCUGUCACAUUUGGCAGCUGGGUCCGCAACAUCUCGGCCCUUUCGAUCUCUGUCGCAGGCACACUAGACGGUCGUGCUCUGGAGCGAGAGCUUGGCGCGUGUACGAAGCUCACGUCGCUCGACGUUGUGUGGAGCGAGGAGAAGGUCGAUCAAGACGAGUUUGACGGUCUCAUGGCCGCCAUUCUCGCCGCGUGCCCGCAUCUUUCGCAGCUGCGCAUCGCGUCCGAGCGUCGGAGUCGCUUGCGGCGCUGCAAUGGCCUUGUCACAUGGCUCACACAACCAACCGCGCGGGAAUUGAAACUCAUCAACACUGAUUUUGCGCCACGCCCCGCUAAGAUCUUGGCCCGUACGCUGCUCUCGUCGGCGAUGCUGCAUACGGUCAAGCUCACGCAAGUGCCAACGACGUCCGAAGCCUUCAUGGACCCAUCAUCGCCGCCGCUACCGUUGCAACUGCGCAAUCUGACCAUCGAGCGUGGCGGCGGCGGGGCCAACCUCGUGUCACGCGCGUUUCCGCCGUAUCUGCGUAAGCUCAAGCUGAUCAACGUCUCGCUGGCGAGCUUUCCGCCGCUACUGACGCUCAAGGCCCUCCAGCUGUGCAGCGUGAAAUUGACUGACGAUGCUGUCGCAGACAUUACGUCGUUGUUGGCAAUCUCGACACUGCUCUCGAGCCUUAGCCUUGCCGACUUGCCCGACGACCAACUCAACUCGAUCCUCUACGCUCUCCCGUGGUGGUUGAGUCGCCAGCGAAACGACUGCAUCGUGCGCCUCUGUCUCACGAAGAAGAGCGCCGAGCUACUUGUCCUGGCGAUGGCCUUGACACACAACACGCACACAGUGAAUUUUCUCGUCGACGGCGACGAUUCGCUCGAUCUUUCGGCGUGUCAGCGCCUCGUGACGGCCCUCGGCGCCACGUCGCGUAUGGAGCUCAACUUUACGACGCAUUGGACCAAGAAGCAGACAACAUUACUCGAGCAACACGCCGCGUUGCGCCGCGUGAAGAUGAACGGCUACCGAUUUCACUCGCCCAAGGCAACCCCGUGGAUGGCCAUAGCCUAGUUGCAACAGGCACUCCACGGUGGCGAGCGACCAAGUGGAGCGACGAUACGCGGCCAGUAAUGUAUGUUGUCCCCAACUUUUUUCUCGAGGAUCGAUGACCAGAAUAAGGCCAUGUCUCGCAACGAGAUACGUUUGCUCGACUGCAUUAUUUCUCACUCGUCCACAAUCCUGCCGACAACCAAACGAACUAGGACUUGGCAAAAACAUGCAUAAUGUUAUGUAACGUGAGAGAUGGCUGUACGCGGCGCCAGCCGCGGCGUGCGGCGUGGCGAGAGG